AUGUGGUUCAAUCAACGCUUGACUCUGGCCGCCUUGCUGGUCGUCGCCACCGCCUCGACCACGGUACUCGCUGAAGAGACGGCCACACACGAAACCAUCCGUGACGUCAAGGAUUCCGCUGGAAAGCCCGUCAAACCUCUGUUCGCCUGCUCCGUGGAAUCCCGCACCUGUCUAUCCGAAGACAACUUCACUGGUCUUCCCUACCUGGGAAAACUCAAGCUUUCCACCUGUCAUCACGACGGCUUUUUCAGCAAGAGCUUCCGAUGGAUGUUCCACAAGAACCACAAGUUCAUCAACAGCUUCUACGUCUAUUGUGAUGACAAAGAAGGGUUCUGUGACAAGUACGUUCAGGGGUAUCAGGGACAUCUGGACGAGAUCGCUUCGGACAUGGAGCAAGCAGUGGAAGACCAGACUAGCUGCAAGCCCACCUUCCGCUGCUUCGAGCUCAAGGACGCUGACGAGAACUGCUUCUGCAACAAGUAA